AUGUGCAGGGCUCAGUUGCCUGAGGGCAGCAGUGAGACUGGACACCAUGCUUUUCGGAGGAAGGAGAUGGAGAAUUAUCUCUUCCCUCAGGAAUUCUUUACUGAUGGUUGGCUGAGCUCCAGUCCCACUGUCUGGGCAGUUAAUUCCAUCCUUGCCUUCAUAUGGGGACUGGGGCUCUUCUUCCUCUUACUUUCCUAUUUCCAUCCUGAGCCGUCCUCACCACCAGGCAAGAAACACAGGGAGAGCAGGAAGUACCAAGCGGAGCCACGGAGAAGGAGCAACAGAAGGAAGAAAAACCAGACUCUGAAAGCUUUCAGAGAUUGCCUACAGGAUCUGGAAGAGGUUCAGGACCUGUUCUCCCUUCUGCAAAGCCACCCGGUGGGGCUCUCUGACCAGGCGGCUUUCACCAGUUCUUACGUCAAGCACCCUGGGCGGGUGCACCAAGGGGCGCCAGCUGGAGCCCGUCAGCCAUGCAGGGAGCCUGUGGAAGACGCUGCUCCUGCCGUGGCCCCAUCACCUGCCCGAACUCCACACGGGCCCCCGCAGCCUCUGGCCUCCACCCUGCCAGCGGGACCAAUGACCUCCUCAAUUUCUGUCGAGACUAGGAUCUCCCCUUCCAUCAACCCAGACAUCCAAAAGCUUCUGGAGAUACUAACCACCAAGAGAACAGAACUGAAGUUUUGGAAGGAGAAGAAAAAGAAGGAAAGGUCAAAAUACCAGCUGACCUCUUUCGGGAGAAUGCUCAAGUCCCCAGCUGAUGGGCAGGGCACCGUGGGCUGCCCGCCCUUCUGGAGCAUGAGGGGCAAAGCGAAACAGCUGCUUGGUCCUGAGAAGCCCCCACAUCCCAAGAUCCCAGGGGACAAUUUGGAGCAGAAAUGCAGCCAGCUCUUCUGGGGUCUCCACUUUCUGCACAGCGAGUCCCUGGUGGCCACUGUCAGGGUGACCGAUCCCCCACUGGAGCUCCCGUCCAUCAUACCCAAUGAGCUCUCUCAUGCCUUGCUGCUCCGGAUUCAGGCCAGCUUGGCUCCACGCCUAUCCCUGACCCAGGACUUACAGGACCCUUUGGCCCUGCCCCAACCCUUGACCCUGAGCUUGUCCCAGUCCCUGCCCCAGCCUCUGGCUCAGCCCCUACCCCUCCCUCUGACUCAGCCACAGCCCCACCCUCUGGACCAGCCCCUGCCCCAGCCCCUCCCUCUGACUCAGCCCCAGCCCCUACCUCUGGACCAGCCCCAGCUCCCACCUCUAGCUCAGCCCCAGCCCCAGGUAAGCCUUGCACCCUCUGUCCCAGUCGUACCACCUUCUCUGCCACCCGAGAUGGGGAGCUGCGAGGUGUCUUGCCCUGUAGCCCAGAAGACACUGUCUUACAUGUCAACUGUCGCUCAAAACCUGGAAUGUCACUUUCUGAAGAAGCAACUAGAAAGCGGCAAGGUACCCCCUGUGGUGAAAAGAUCUCAGGAAGUCUUUAGCCAAGGUCCUCCCGACCUUCCGCAGGGUGGCCAGGCCCCCGAGGGCCAUAGGUCAGUCUCUGUCAUUUCUGGGGACUUGAUCAACUCUGAGCUCCGGGAGCAACUGGAGUGGCACCUUUGGAAGAGGCUCAUGAAGCAAGAAAGGGGCCCACCCCGCAGGAUCCAGCUAUCCCUGAAGAUACAGCCUCACCAAGAGUUCCAGAAGGUGCCCCAGGCACGCAGUUGGCACAGCCCCACGUCCGAGUCUGAGUCUACGGAUGGAAGCUGCCAGGCCACACAGAAGACUUGGUCCAGGUACCCAGGAAGGACCCUGCCAGGAAAAAGCCUGGGCAAGGAUUCAAGGUCCAGUGCAGGGAUGAUCUGGAAAGAUCUACACAGGGGCACAACGAGCUCUCCAGGGAAGGCUCCAAGAAGAAAUUGUGAGGAGUCAGACACAGACGUGAAGCCCUGCAUAAGCAGUGCAGAUGAGAAGCUCCUGCAAAACCACCUGAGAGCCCAUUGCAGGAAGGUGGGGAAGUCCAGAGAGGGUCAGGUUCCUUCCAGGCUCACUGCCCACCAUGCCUCGGACCUUCCUGGAAAGCCAAGCGCUCACGGAAAACCUGGAAAGCCAGCACUUUCCAAGUGUUGGGAACACUGCAUGACCACCUCCCACAAUUUUUCCAUCCUCAGUCCAUACACUCAGUGGAUGCUAGAAGCACAUAUCAUAAGGCUUAGGGUGAAGCGGCAGUGGGGCCUCCCCCUCAAGGUUCUCAAGCCUGUAAACCUCUUCAAGUUGAAGAAGGGCUUCCUCCUCUCCCAGUCCUCUGAUCCCCGCUCAGCCACCUGCGUAUCCAAGGCCGGCUCGGGGACCAAGUUCAUGGGAAAUCCUCCUCAUCGCUAUCAAGGAGAGGUGAUGAAAGAGUCUUACUCCACCUGGGGGGGUCCCCUCGGUGCUCCCCAGCCUACGUGUGAGGAAAUCCAGCAGGCUCUGGAAGGAAACGCACCUGGGGGUGGCCCUCCGGCUGGCAGGGGACGGCCACCUUCUCGGACCUUCACAUACAGCUUUGUGGGCAGAAUCUGGCACAGUGAGACUGCCUCAAGGACUCUUAUGAACAGCACCUUGGAGUCAAGUCCAAGUCCAGCAACAGCCACGAAGGAGCCAAGGAGGGCGAAUGGGGUUUGGGCCUCACGGGACGUGACCGUGCUAGAGCUCAGCUUAGAGCCCUAGGAUUCGAGUGCCGAAGAGCCCAGGGAGGUCAAGGAGGCCUCUGCCUGGGGAGUCACCUUAGAACCCCAUGUGCUGGCCAACAACCAAGGCCUCCGUGGCGAGCUGAGAAGAUCAGGGUCUUCAGGGAAAAGCGACAGUCCCCCUCCACCUACAAAGUUGGUCACCCGAGACCCCGAAGAGCUAUGCCUUGAGGCUCUGCACAGGGGAUCGGAGUCCCGGAAGUUGAUGGAGACAGAGAAGUGGCCUCGGGCUGCCAGCCCCACCGUGCUCCUUCAAGACUGUGAGACCGGGGUCCUCCUUCAAGACUGUGCCACUGAGCGUCUCCUUCAAGACUGUCAGUCCAACGUGUUCCUCACUGCCGAUGUCUUGGCUUCUCAGGGAUGUCUGUCUGGCUUCCAGAGUGGGUCCAGCGAAGACACAUCUACUUCCCAGGUGCCACGUGGCCCAAGAUCCCGUGGCCAGAGCCCCCACAGGCAGCCAGGACCCCCGGGACUGCGGCACCAAUGGAAGAGCCUAAGCAGGUCAUGUGUCCCCCCCGAGGAGAGCAAGAGCUCCAGGAGGUCCCCGAAAGAGCCUGACAAAGAGUCAUCCGAACUGAAGGUCCUCCCGAUCAGUGAGGUGACGCGCCCCGUCCGGAGCCAGGAGUCCACAGAGGCCUCAGGAAGCAAGGCCUGUGAGAUCUCGGGGAAGGAGGAGGCGGCGCCUCCGGAAAACUACUUCAGGAGAAGGAUGAAGCACAUGCUCCAGUGGUUCCUUCCCAGUAGAGGCAAAGGACUGGAAGAUUCCCUUCAAAAGGGCAAGUCUUCAUUAUCCCAGGGUCGGGGACAAGCCACAGGCAGGUCUGCCAUGGACAGCGCUUCUGCCGAGGCUCAGGUGGUCGUGACCGCGGUGGGGCGGAUCCUAGAGGAGAAAAUGGUGCCUCACCAGGGACUCAGGGCCCCGGAGUUCAGCUGGUGCCAAAAGGAUCUCCAGGCUUCGGCAGACCCCAGUGUCUGCUACCACAGGGUCCUCUCCUACCAAGAGCAGAGGAGGGUGAUGAGGGAGACAGCCAGCCCACAGGGCACCCCCAGGGACCGCAGCUAUGCCAACAAGACCAAGUGGAUCGAGUGGCCCUUCCCCGCCCAGGUGCCUGGGGGCCCAGGCAGACCCUGCCAGUGUGGGUCUCUGGUGCCGGGCCCUUCACGCCGCCCCCUGCAGCCGCACUGCCCCAGGCACUGCCUCCUUCAAAGAUACAUCGCACCCGGCCAGCCACUGUGUGCUCCUCACACUUUUCCUGGGAGGACAACUUUCCUCCAAGAAAAAUCGCAAACGGUGCAGAGAAGAACUUUUUUUUUCUCACAUUAGCACAUCCUCUAUGGGCUAAUGGCUUCUCCGUGCCACAAUUACU